UCAGCUGAGGGUCACGUGGGCCAGGCCGGAACCCGGCGCCUCCCGCUCGGCUGGGCUCAGGAUGCGCGGCGGGCAGGUCGCGGCGCGGGCCCCGGUGAUCCAGUUCACCAACUGCCGCAUCCUGAGGGGUGGCGCGCUGCUCAGGGAGGACCUCUGGGUGCGCGGGGGCCGCAUCCUGGACCCGGAGAAGCUGUUCUUUGAGGAGCGGCGCGUGGCUGACGAGCAGCGGGACUGCGGCGGCUGCAUCUUGGCGCCCGGCUUCAUCGACGUACAGAUCAACGGUGGAUUUGGCGUUGACUUCUCACAGGCCUCGGAGGACGUGGGUUCGGGGGUUGCCCUAGUGGCCCGGAGGAUCCUGUCGCAUGGAGUCACCUCUUUCUGCCCCACGUUGGUCACAUCGCCACUGGAGGUUUAUCACAAGGUCCUUCCUCAGAUCCCCGUGAAGAGUGGUGGUCCCCAUGGGGCAGGGGUCCUCGGGGUGCACCUGGAGGGCCCGUUCAUCAGCCGGGAGAAGCGGGGCGCGCACCCUGAGGCCCACCUGCGCUCCUUUGAAGCCGAUGCUUUCCAAGACGUGCUGGCCACCUACGGGGGCCUGGACAACGUCCGCAUCGUGACGCUAGCCCCCGAGCUGGGCCAUAGCCACGAGGUGAUCCGGGAGCUGACGGCCCUCGGCAUCUGCGUGUCCUUAGGGCACUCGGUGGCUGACCUGGGUACCGCGGAGGAAGCCGUGCAGAGUGGGGCCACCUUCAUCACCCACCUCUUCAACGCCAUGCUGCCUUUCCACCACCGCGACCCGGGCAUCGUGGGGCUCCUGACCAGCGAUCGGCUGCCUGCAGGCCGCCGUAUUUUCUACGGGAUGAUUGCUGAUGGCAUACACACCAACCCAGCCGCCCUGCGCAUCGCCCACCGGGCCCAUCCCAAGGGGCUGGUGCUGGUCACUGAUGCUGUCCCUGCACUGGGCUUGGGCAAUGGCCGACACACGCUGGGGCAGCAGGAGGUGGAGGUGGAGGGGUUGACAGCCUACGUGGCAGAACCUGCCCUCUCUGCUCUCGAGGCACCAACACACUGAGCGGCAGCAUCGCCCCGAUGGACGCUUGCGUGCGGCACUUCCUGCAGGCCACAGGUCAGUGAGGCUGCGGGGGUGCCGCAUGUGUGCCCCGCGGGGGGGCAGAGGCCGUCUCUGGAAGAGGCUGGAGGCAGGGACCACUGAGGUCUGUGUCUGGUGGGGUCCCCAGGAAUGUGACCAGGGUCCCACCUGCAGGAGGUUCCGUCAGCAGGAGAGGGCGGCGUGGACCAGCUGGGGGCCAGAACCCAGAGUGACUGGCCCUGGAGCCACAGCACCCAAGGGUGGGGCCUGUGAGACUGUAGCUGCAGGGCUGUGGGCUGGGGGCUGUGCUUCAGGGUUGGCAUGUUAUGGGGGGAGGGGUGGGUGUCUGGGAGAGGCCGUGGUGGACCCUGCGAAGCCCUAGGCGGUGCCCUGGGGCUGAGGUGUCAGGCAGGGGGCUGGGGGGGACGCUGUGGUCCAAGGUGCUGGUUGGAGGAGCAGGGAGAUGGGUUAGAAGGCAGAUGACAGUGGUGGCCUGGCUUGGCGAGUGAAGCAGGGGCUGGAGAGAAUUGGGGUACCAGCAGCAUCCCCAGGUUGGGGAGGGGAGGCCUUGAAGUUCCGGGGCUGGGAAGGACCCUGCUGGGGACCCUCUGGCCACCAUGCCCCACCCCAGCCCUGCAGGGAACUCACUCACAAAACACUUUGGACCCGGCUGCCGUCAGCCCCUCCCCUUGGGUUCCAGGGAGAGCACCCCUCCUGGAAGCAGGACCUUGGGCAUCUGUGAGGCCACCCAGCGCUUGGUGCUCUGCCCCUCACCCCCACCCCCACCCCCACCCCGUCAAAUGGCAGAGCCAGCUGGGAGUUGGGGAUGGUCACCACCGCCUGUGUCCCCAAGCAGGCUGCAGUGUGGAGUCCGCUCUGGAGGCUGCGUCCCUGCAUCCAGCACAGCUGCUGGGGCUGGAGAAGUGCAAGGGGACCCUGGACUUCGGGGC